AACCGGACUAUAAAAGCCCAAACACACGUUCGGCUGCCGCCCUUGUUUGCUAUUGAGAGAGAGACCGAGGGCGAAGAUGCAGAUAUUUGUGAAAACCUUAACCGGGAAAACCAUUACUCUCGAGGUUGAGAGCAGCGAUACCAUCGACAAUGUCAAGGCCAAGAUCCAGGACAAGGAAGGAAUUCCACCUGACCAACAGAGAUUGAUCUUUGCUGGGAAGCAGCUUGAAGAUGGCCGAACCUUGGCUGAUUACAAUAUUCAGAAAGAAUCAACCCUCCAUCUUGUGCUGAGGCUUAGGGGAGGAAUUAUAGAGCCUUCUCUCAUGGCUUUGGCUCGCAAGUACAAUCAAGACAAGAUGAUCUGCCGCAAGUGUUAUGCUCGUCUGCAUCCAAGGGCUGUAAACUGCCGAAAGAAGAAAUGCGGUCAUAGCAAUCAGUUGAGGCCUAAGAAGAAGAUCAAGUAAACUCUGAUGCAGAAUAGUGAUUUUUGGGCAUUUAAAGAUUUGAGCAUUAGAUUUGUUGUUUCACCAUGCGGGUGGUUUUAAAUAUGUUCGUUGUGGAUUUAGCAAAAUUCUAUGUUAAACUUUUAUUCAAUGCUGUUAAAUUGAGCUGAUUUCUAUUUUUGAAA